AUGAUAAUACGAACAUCGUCUGCAUCACAAAAUAAUCGAAUGCCAGCAAUUUUAAAUACAUGGUUCCAUUUUGCACCUAACAAUAUUCUUAUAACAACAAACGGUAAAGUACAAUUUUUAAAAGAUCAAUUAAUUAAACAAAACCUAUCAUCAUUAAACAAUACAUUAUAUCACAGUGAUUGCAUUCAAAGUCAUACAGUUUCCCAUUUAUGUUGUCAUAGUGCAUCAGAAUUUUUACUCUAUUAUCAACAAGAAGCCAGCUUUAAAUGGUUAUGUCGAUUUGACGAUGAUCAAUAUGUCAAUGUACCAUUAUUAAUUGAUUAUUUAAAAGGAUUUUCAUAUGAUCUUCCAUAUUAUAUUGGGAAACCAAGUUUCAAUCAACCAAAAGUAGGUCAUGGAAGACGAUUUUGGUUUGCAACAUAUGGCGGAGGUGUUUGUUUUUCUCAACGUUUACUAUCAAUAAUUAAAGAACAUGUUGAUACGCGAGAACGAUUUAUUAAAGGAUGCAUCGAUACCAAAUAUCCCGAUGAUACGUACAUCGCCUAUUUACUUCAUGCUGAAUAUAAUAUUAAUUUAACAAUAGCUGAAAAUUUUCAUCAUCAUAUUGAAAAAGAUUUAUACGUCAAUUUAACAUCGACUAUUGAUCAAGCCAUAACACUUGGUUUUAAAGGUUCGAAUGUGCCACGGUUUUCACCAAUUGUGAACCGUGAUAUAUUUCACAUGCAGACAACACACUGUCUAUUAUAUCCAAAUAAUUUAUGCAUGAAAUAUCUCAGAACAUAUCUAAAUCGAUUGUAUGAAAGAGAGGAAUCAAAAACCAGCACCAAAAUUAUAUCAUCGACUAUAAAUUUGAAAAAAAAAAAAGCUACCUAA